AUGGGAUCCCUGUUCAAACUGCGCGAUCACUGGUACAGCAGCUACCGUGGAGAAGAGUUUAGUCACUUCUCCGCGUUGACGCUCGGAAACGCUGACAACAACCCCGAUGCGGAGGACAAAAUCAUCUUCGGGUCCUUCUCAGGGACUCUGCGUGUUCUGCGGCCGACGAAGAAGGGAGCAGCGCAGCCGGACGACACUCUCAUAGAAAAGGAUUUUGGGGCGCCCAUUUUGCAGGUGGCGUGCCGACCGCUGGAGCCUGUAAGUGGCGGUCAACCGAAAAAUUUGAUAGUGAUUUUGUUUCCAAAGCGAUUGGUGUUGGCCCGUCUGCUUCGCGAGAGGGAAAAGGAAAAGGAAAACGAGAACACGGACGAUUUUCUCAGCGCAUUGUAUCGUUUUACAAUACAUUAUGAGGCGUGUCUUGCGAGUACAUCGUACAACUUUACGUGCGGUAAUUUUGGCCGUGCAUCCCAUGAAAUGGUGUGUGUUCAAUCCAUGGAUGGACAAAUUACCGUUGUAAAUCAUAAUACGGUUGUGUUACAGUGCUUUCUUCCCAGAUCACAGUUUUUGUUGCCCGGAUGCUUUUUGUAUUGUUCUCAGCGAGAUUAUUUUUUGACGAAUAAUUCUGCUAUGAAUCUUAUGUGUUACUCCUUUGCAACCCUUGUGAACAAUCGGAUAAAACCAGAGGUUUACAUGGAAACAAACGAAAACGGUGUCUCAAAAACCUGUGGUGAAACCAUUUCCCCAUCGUGGACGUUUCUCUUGGGGGAGGAUGCGGUGGGGAUCGAGGUGUGUCGCCACACCCGUGGAUUGAGCGCAGAGGAUGCCGACAUUGUGGUGUUGUGCCAUUACAGUUUAUUUGUUUUACGCCUUGGUGGAGAGCUACGCUUUUCCAAAAGGCUGGACGUGGAAAGUUUGUGCCUCACGUCAUAUCUGGUCCCUAACACCAACGCCUGUAACCUCCUGAUUGGUACGGUUAAUGGAUCAGUGAAUGUCUACUCCGAUGCAUCCCUCGACUGGAGUGCCAAGAUGGCCACGGAUGCCCCUCUGUGUCUUGCCGUUGGGGAAUUUUUUAAAACGAGGGGAAUGAUUGUGUCACUUAGCACAGAAGGGACGGUCAGUGUCAAUUACCUUGGAACCGACCCCGAGGAGAAACCCAUUCAACCCCUGGAGAGCAAGGAGACGGACUAUGUUGAAAUGGAGCGUGAACUACGACAGACUCUGCAUGCAAUCAAGCAAGCCGGCGGCAGUGAGAAGUCAUCAGCGAAAGAAAACGUCACCGUAGAAGGGAUACUGCGUGUCGAGUGGGGGAUCCCGCCAACGGAGGUUGAGGAUCGGGAAUCUGCAGUUAAUGUUUCUUUAAUUCUUUCCAACACUAGUCCCACGGACUCUGUGAGGGAGGUAAAAAUUGCAGUAAAUGUAGCGCAGCCCAUCCGGGUUGACAUCCUUCAACAUGAGUUGAAAAAAAUUUCUCCGAAUCAGGUGGAACAUGUCCCAUUUCGGUUUGAUGCUCAGAACAAUAAAGAUAUGAUUAUUCCUUCUUCUCUUGAGGCACGUGCAGUUGUGAUUUAUGUAUGCAAGGGCAGUCUAACCUGUACAGUGAGUGCCACAGUCCGCCUUCCUUUAACUCUUGUGGCACGACCGAUUCCUCCCGUUAAAAGUAUGAAUUUUGUCAUUCAGCUUAACACCAACAAGGAUGUUGCUCCUUCCUUGUUUGAUCUUUUUCCAGACAUGGCGUACUCCGUUGAUAUCACUGCAAACAUGCUGUCGAUUCAAUAUGUAAAUGGGGAGGAUGCGACAGUUUUAGCUUCUAAGAACGCUUGUCGUUUCCGUUUUCAAGCGUCAACCAUGGAGGCACUUUGGAUACUUACCGAAGAACUUCAUAGACGACUCUCUGCUUACUACGACUUUAAGAUACAAUUUAGUCUCCAAGAUCCAAUUCCAUUAGAGAGCUAUUAUAAUGUCAUUGACACUCACCUUGCCGUGAGGAACGAAAUGAUAGAGGCAAAAGAGGCAUUGUCGCGUGCGGCACAAAUGUUUUGUGCCGUGCAAAAACGUUUGUUGUUGCUCUUUCGAGAACGCAACCCCACACCGGUGGGAAUGGUGGAUGUUCUCCUUGAAGAAAGCUACGCGGAACUUCAGAGGUGCGCAGAUUGUGUUAGUGUGGCCAAACCACGACAGAAACAAGCUGCGGCUAUGUUGUCUUGUUGCUCAAGGCUUAUUCUAAUGCAACUAUUCAUCAAGUGUCAAGAAACGUUUAAGAACCCUGACAUGAUUUCUCUUUUGGAGUCCAUCUUUACCUGCGCCAUAGACGAGGACGCUGACGUUAGUUGGGAAGAACUGACGGACGCAACUCUGGGCCAUAUUUUGCAAUUGUCUAAAGUGGGAGGAGAUCCAACUGCCGCUCACGGCCCCGUCCCUCUCAAAGUUAUCAGCGAUCGGUUAAAAAAGCGCAUUUCUGCGUUGUUUGAUCGAAUGAUUGAUGGGUCGCAGAUUGGGCUCUUUUAG